CACCAGCGUCCUGCUCUCCGACCAGCCUCUCUGGUCACCGGACACAGCCGCACAGCCGGUGCCGCGCCGCAGCUCACCGACCUCCGCCAGCAUGUCGCUCUGGACUCUGGUGGCCGCGCUCAGCCUGCUCAGCCUGGCAGAGCCGGGCUCGGCUCAGCAGCCGGUGCUGGGCCGGCCGGCCGAGUCGGCCCGGCUGCCGCUGCCGCCGGCCGCCGCCUCCGCCGCCGCCACCAAGCGCUCGUUCCUGGGCCUGCGGUGCCGCGGCGUGUACGACAAGGGCACGUUCUACGAGCUGGAGACCGUGUGCCGCGACUGUCUGACGCUCUACCAGGAGCCGGAGCUGUACGGCCUGUGUCGCUCGCAGUGCUUCACCACACAGUACUUUGUCGGCUGCCUGGAAGCGCUGCAGCAGGGCAGCGAGGCCGAGCGGCUGGACGCCGCCAUUCGCCGGCUCAGCGGCAGGAAGUAGGUGACGAGAGGAAAGGCGACACGUCACCGGAUCGGCGAGGACGGACGAACAGAGAGACAGCCGGAUGGCAGGACAGACGUCAGAGGGAAGGACGGCGGCACCGCCCUCUGCCAUGGAUCGGCGCGGAGCGCGAGGUGCCCAACGGACGGCGGACCCCCGUACGUUUCGCACGCUUUGGCAGACUGAGUCCCGAACGGUGCCGAAGAGGCGAAACGACAACACACUCGGCACCGGUCGGAGCUGCGACGGGCUGGACGCCGCAGCUCCAGCCAGUCAGCGCUGAAAAAGGAACCUCCGAGGCUGGAUCCUGUAAUGAUGAAGUGUCGUUUGUCUAGUCAUCGCUAGGGAAAGGUGGGAUACUUGGCUCUGCUCUAGUUGCGACUUUUGUGAAAGUUGUGACCUUUAUUAG